AUGCAUCAACGACAAGCCCCCAGGUCGAGCUUACUUUUCACCAUUCUCCUCGCUGCAACUAUCGCAUCAGCAGCAACUAGUCCAAGCAAAAGGACAGAAUGCAUCACCUCCCGAUCCUCUGAACUGAUAUCUGUUGCGGCAUGCGGCCACAAGGAGACCCUUCGCCAGUGCUUUUCCAACCCGGAUCAUUAUGGCUGGGGGGUCAACGCCCAGGCCCAGGAUCUGAAGAUCUGCUUCCUCAACGCCGGCUGCAGUCCAGAGGCCGCGCAGAUCGAGGCGGAAUGGACAAUUCGCCGGUGCGAUGAGGGUUCCAGAGACCUCCGCAAGCGCCGGGACCCGCAAGAGCCGAUAUCUCCGCCCGCGGCCCCGAUUGCCGCCCGGAUGUAUGACUCGCUGGCGCCCACACCGACACCUACUGCGCACUUUGACACCCGUGGUGGUGGCGACGUCCUCGCCAAACGACAGGACCAACCGCCUCAGCCCACCGCACAGCCGCAGCUGCUGGGUGGCUUUAUGCUCUUCGAAUGCUACAGCACGGCCACGACCAGGCAGGAGGUUUGCACGACCGCCCCGGGUAGUAGCAGACAGGAAUGUGCCGACGCCGACGUGCCAUUCUACAAGUGCAUAGACGGCAAGAUCUGCCGUCCGGACGCGGCGGGGCUCCCGGGCUGUGUGGAUGGAACACAGACGAUAACGACGUCCGGAUUCGUCGUGGCCGGCAUCUUCGGCCUCGCCAUUCUUGUCGCCACAAUCACAAUCUGCACCUGCUGUAUCCGCGACCGCAACGCCAACAAGCGGCUGAGCAAGGCCAGCGAGUUGGCUGCCAUGCAGCGCGAGGCCCGAGCCAAUGAGCUCAAGCAGAGGCCUACCAUAGACGUACGCGCCGUCAGUAGCAGCAGUGAGCCGCUGAUGGGUGGUGGUGGUGGUGGUGGUGUCGCGCAGACUGAGGGUACUGGAUACGUUUCGCCACACCCGGGGGCGCGCCAUGACCCGUUUUCUGAAAACGUGCCAUACCACGACCGUAGAUGA